UCUAAUUGCUUCCAAGUGAGGUCAGCAAAGGUAUUUAUCGAAAAGGACUGAACAACAGGCUCAAGACACACGCGCACGCACAAGCGCAUACACACACCACCACUCUUGCGUGUUGAUUUAUGGAAACAAUUAUAAUUCUGCUGAAGUCCUUCUGAGCUGAGAAAGUUUGUAGCUACAGUAGAGAGUCUCAUGUUGCAAAAGGCAGACAACAGAAAUGGAAUACUUGUGUAUCCAGCUGUUAUCAACAGGAACAAAUCUUUUACUUUCAGUGCAAGCAGCAAAUUCAAGUAGUACAGAAGGUCAUGACAGCCAAGGUUAUUAUAACCUGUUUCUUUAAAGGAUAUCCUGACUGAAAAGAUAUUUAAGGAGCUAUCCUGUUUCAACAUCAGUAACUAUUAAGGAGUAAGGAUCAGAAUUCUGGAAGAGGAAGCAAUCUCAAUUAAAUCAAUCUACAACUCGCUGUAAAGACAGAAGGCAGGUCAAUGACCUAGGAGCAACGAUCUACUUGAGAUUUAAUUUUCAUUAUGUUGUUCAUGAACACCCAGAACACUGCACUAUAAUGCACAAAUGGAUACUGACAUGGAUCCUGCCAACUUUGCUCUACAGAUCAUAUUUUUACAUUAUCUUUCUAGUGGGCACUAUAUCUUUAGCUUGCAAUGACAUGACUCCAGAGCAAAUGGCUACAAAUGUGAACUGUUCCAGCCCUGAGCGACAUACCAGAAGCUAUGAUUAUAUGGAAGGGGGGGAUGUAAGAGUGAGAAGACUUUUCUGCCGAACUCAGUGGUACAUGAGGAUUGAUAAACGAGGCAAAAUAAAAGGGACACGAGAAGCAAACAACAACUACAGUAUUCUGGAAAUAAGAACAGUGGCAGUUGGAGUAGUGGCAAUCAAAGGGGUGGAAAGUGAAUACUUUCUAGCAAUGAACAAGUCUGGAAAACUCUAUGGAAAGAAAGUAUGCAAUGAGGACUGCAACUUCAGAGAACUGAUUGAAGAAAACCAUUACAAUACUUAUGCUUCAGCAAACUGGACAAACAAAGGGAAAGAGAUGUUUGUGACAUUAAACCAUAAAGGUGUCCCUAUGAAAGGUAAAAAAACAAAGAAAGAACACAAAGCAUCCCACUUUCUUCCUCUGGCAAUAUCCUAAUCAUAUAUGAUCUAUAGAGAAUUAGUUCCAGCAGGAAGAUUAUUUUUAAGAAGACAGAACAAGUAAUCAAGAGAGGCUGGAAUACUACUGAAAAACUGAACAAGCUGGACUUGCGCAUUUAUGUUUAUUUUAAAGAGACUUCAUUAAAAAGAUUUGAAAAUAUACACAAAAUCAGAUUUAGUAACUAAAAGUUGUAAAAAAUUGUAAAGAGUUGUACAAUCAUUAUGUUAGUAAUAGUAACUGGGUAGUUUCUUAAAUUAAUUUACCCUUAAGAGUAAGUCAUGACUUGAUUAUCUGAUGAUAUUUUAUUUAAAAAAACCUAUCUGCUUAUUAAACAUGGCUGCUAUAAUAAUAAUAAAGCAGAUGAUAAUGUUAUGUAAAAUAUGUCGGACUUUAAGGCUGCUGGAAUGAUUUGUCAGAUUAUCAAGUCAAUACUAAAUGUGGAGAUUGAGCAGUAUUUUAAAUAGUUCCCAGAGAAACUGAUAAAUUAUACAUAAACUAGGAUCAGAAAAAAAAACGUUAAAUCUUGUAAAUUUGUUACUGCCAUAUUACAAUUAAAAAAGCUUGUUUGGAAAAUUAAGGUUGCACCACUACAAAAUAUCAAAUGUAUUAACAAGAACAAAUACCUAAUGCUGCUCUAAAAGAUGUUUCAAAAUAGUGUAUGUAAAAUAAUAGGAAUAGGGAAUAAAUAAAAAUGUACUUCAUCUCACUUUCCACAAAAUAACAUUUUAUAUAACGACGAAGUAAAAAUUCAGACAUCUUAAGGUUUUUUAUGUAACAUAACCUAUCUUUUGUAUAAUUCCUGUUAGGGCAUAUGGCUUUUAAUAUUGUUUUUCCACCGUUAUUCAUGCUUUUUCUCU